AUGUAUGGGCUUAAAGAGGUCUUCUGCUUGGGUGUGACUGCUGGUGCUUAUAUUCUUACUCUAUUUGCGAUGAAAUAUAGAGAACGUGUACUAGGACUCAUCCUUGUUUCGCCUAUAUGCAAAGCCCCUUCAUGGACUGAAUGGCUCUAUAACAAGGUCAGUAUAAUCUUCAUCCUUACAGUUGUGGAAGAAUUCCUUUCAUGGCCUGUCAUGGCAAUGGCGCUCACCAUACCUGGCUAA